AUGGAGUACAUUAAAAGUCAAAAAAACAAAAAUUUACUUAAAUUUAAUAGUUAUUUAUAUAGGUUUGACAAAAAAUAUAAAAAUACCAUGUAUUGGAGAUGUACUGAAGAACUAUGUAAAUCGCGCCUUAACUUAAAAAACGACGAAAUUGUAAAAGGACCUAGUGAACAUAACCAUACUAUUUCAAAUUUAGAAAUUGAACGACGUGUUUGUAUAGACAAAAUGAAAAUUCGAGCUCUAUCAUCUCAAGAUAAUCCACAUCAGAUCGUUUCAGAAGCCUCAACAUUGUGUUCGCAAGCCGUUCACGGAGCUCUCCCUCCAGUAAGUCAUAUUAAACGCACUUUGUGUCGAAUACGACAAAUUAAUAGUUCUGCUCCAUCUAACCCAUUUACUAUCACAGAUAUAACCAUACCCGAUAAAUAUUCCCAUACUAUUGAUGGUCGCACAUUUUUAAUAAAUGACAUUGAACCAGUUGAAAGUCGGAUUUUAGUGUUUGCUACGAAAGAAAAUUUAGAUUUACUGUCUAAAUCUGAUCAUUGGUUUGCAGAUGGAACUUUUAAGUCAUGUCCUCCAUUAUUUACACAAGUAUACACGAUACAUGUUAUAAAGCAUAAUUUGGUAAUACCAGUAGUUUUCGCUUUAAUGCCAGAUAAAACGCAAAGUUCGUAUGAAAGGUUGUUUUCGGCCAUCAAAACACAUAAUAUUAAUUUAAAUCCAAAAACAAUUAUGACUGAUUUUGAACAGAGCUCAUUAAACGCAUUUAAAAUACUAUUUCCGAAUACUGAACAAAAUGGCUGUUUUUUUCAUCAAACACAAUGUGUUUGGCGAAAAAUCCAAACUAUUUCUGGAAUGGUAGAAAAGUAUAAAACAGACUCAGAGUUUUCAUUGCAAGUCCGUUACUUGUCUGCCUUGGCUUUUGUUCCGGAAAAUGACGUAAUUGACGCAUUUGAGACAUUGUGUGAAAGUACGUAUUACACUAAUAACGAAGAUGUGUUAGAACCACUUAUUUCCUAUUUUGAGGAUACAUGGAUUGGUCGUCCAAAUAGACGUAGAAGGAGAAAUCCCAGAUUCCCUAUUUCACUGUGGAACUGCUUUAGAUCUACUAUAUCUGGUUUACCCAGAACAAAUAAUUAUGUUGAAGGAUGGCAUAGAGGCUUUAAUAACUUAUUGAGUUCAUGUCAUCCAACAAUAUGGAAAUUUAUUGAAGGAAUUCAAAAGGAACAGAGCUUAAAUGAAAUGAAAAUAAAUCAGUACAUAGCGGGCACGGUCGAACCAUCCAAAAAACGCAAAAGGGAUACACUUAAAGAUUUAGUUAAUGACUACGAAAAUAGGGAUAGACUAGAAUACCUAAGGGGUAUUGCCUAUAAUUUAAAGUACCAAAUUUAA